CACCGACGUCUCUAAUACUAGAUACUGUCGCAAACAAAGUGCUACGAGGCUAGUACCUGACAGAGGCCAUCGUGUAACUUUUGUUUCUGUUGCCGUGGCGUUCAGCCGUCUUUGUGCCGAAUCAUCAAAAGGCACCUGCCAACCGAACAUCGCCUGCGUUGCGUCGACCGUCCCUCACUUUACUUGACCAUCCCUACCAGUCAAGUUUCCCACGCCCCCCCAGAUGGAGAGAUUUGUAAUAAGGUAACCUCUUCGCAAACUCCAACCCAACCGUGUCAGAAUCGUCUUAAUAUAACAUAUCUUCUACAUGGAGACUGUUAUUUUUGACGAGAGCCCGUUGGCUGCAUAUUUGAAUGUUAUACCUGAAGACGAAGCCGAGGAACCACCCCGAUCCGGUACAUGGACACCGCCCGCCGAGCCCGAAUACAAUGCCGAUACGCCGCCACCCAGCCCUCCUGCGCCAUCGUUUGCCCCCGGUGGAUUACCCGUAGUCAAGAAGCGCUUCCGCCAGAAGCCGGACCCCUUGCAAGUCCAGAUUCCAAGGAGCUACACGCUACCAACGGCCCUUCGGAACCGUUAUUCGACUGCGGUCGCAUCACGGAUUGAUCGAGCGGAUAACGCCAAGUUUAUCGAGCAGUUCCGCUAUACCGUCGUCGCUUCUCAAUUGCUCAGCGGUCACUCUAUACUGGGAGCGCAACAUGCCUUGUCCGGACAGGGACAGCAGCAGCUGUCAGGGGAAGAUGCCGGUACUCCUGUCGUUGGACAAGGACUCGUCUUGACCGUUGCUGGCGCCUUCGCCCUCGCCUGGAUCAUUAGCUGGCUCCGGGCCGGUGGACUCUCCCACUUGACCAAGCAGAAAUUCGUGGUUGGUCUGGUCGUGCUGUUGCUGUUCGCCCUGGUCGGUCAUUUCUUCAUACGACACAGGUGGCAGAAGUAUCUGCGGGAAAAGACAUUGACCGAGCUCAACACAUUCGUUUCCACGUCUCAGCACUUUGACGGCGCCAUCAGCGCUGCGGUUUCCCUGAUCCAAGAGGUAGAGCUCGUGUCCCGGGGCUACAGGAUAAGCGCUCCUCUGCCUCCGGUCAGCCGCAUGGAUGAGAAGAGCCAAACCAGACGGUGCAUGAGACUGCGAAAGGCACUCAAGGCCUGCUUUGCGCACUGCAUUCCCGAAUACAAGCAGACCAUGGAAGUUGUCAAGAAAUUCGCUGCCGAAACCGACCUGGAGAAGUACCACGAUGUAUACGACCUGAGCGACCUUGACAUCGCCGAUGCACUACAGGGCUUCUCUGCGGAGUCUAUGGAGGACAUGGAAUCGCUGCACAGUUUCAAGGUCGCCGCGGCUCGUCUCUACACGCUGCGGAAGAUGUUGCUGUGUGCUUUGCUUGCUCUAGAGGUGACCGGGGACAACACGGACUUUCUACGAUGGACAACAGUUGUUGAAGGCUUAAGGAACCUGAAUGAGGCCACGAGCGUAUCCUACAUGCGCGUGGCGGAUAUCCUACAGGAUGAGGAGUCGUUCCCGGUCAUCCCGACACCCAAAUUGCCCCUCUCGCCCGGGCGGGAGAGAUGGCGCUCGCAGAUGAGAAAGCUGGAUUCUCUGUCGUCUGGCAUCCGUGGCUUGCAGGCCAAGAUGACGUUAUUGAGGGAGGAGUCAGAUCGCGCUUUGAACGAAGCAGAGGAUGUUUCAGAGAUUGGCCCAAGUCUCAUGUCUCAGUACGACUCGAUCGGGCAAGAUCUCAAGAUGCUCACUCAGGCCUGGGAGGAGGGAAGAGCCGCCCUGGCUUCCGGCAUCGAUCGAAACGAGAAGCGGUUGUCAUCUAUAAGCAACCUACUCCUAUCGCCGACGAUUUCCCUCAGUGGCCUUACUACGGUCGACGAAGGAGGCGUCGCUGAGGCUCUCGAGGCCCUCAACGGCGGUGGUGGGUCGCCCUGUCCUAACCGCAAGGAGGGCUCUCCCGAAGCUGAAGUAUUUGAGGCCAUCGCCAUGCCGCGACCGCGCAGUCUCCUCACGAGAGAGGAGAGGCUGGCCAAGAUGAAGGCAGACCGAGAGAAGAAGGCCGAGUCGAGAAAAAGCUUGGAGAACGGCCGGUUCAUGCUGCGGGAGCUCGAGACCGUGCUCAAUGUCAAAAACGAACAGAAGAGCGGGGCUCAGCAUCGCAAAUCGGCCUCUCUGGGCAGAACCUCACUCUGAGGAUUCUCCACGGCAUCGUUUCAGGAUUUUCUCCUCGCUUGACAAACGACACUGCGCAUUCACAACAUACUUUUUGGACGACUUUGACGACGUGCAACGACAUUGGGGCAUUGCAAGGAGUUUUUUUUCCUUCUUCUUUUUUUGCUUUUAUUCGAUGUUUGGUUUCUUGGAUCUCUUUUUUUGGGCGUGAUUGAGUUGCUUGAACAUAAUUGCUUCAUACGUAAUAUUUGGCAUCGCUUCACCCAAAGGGACAGUCGCUCUUUUACUUGGCUUUUUCUUUUCUUUUUGUUUUUCCUUCUUGGUCAACAUACACUUCAUCGGAUUACAACUAGGGGACUAUGGAAAUCCCGACCCAAGACAGUCAUGGCUCGCAGGAGCACAAAAGAGCUGAUCGAAAGGAUAUCUCGAUACAUAACACACACAUAACGGAUACAUAAUAGAUAACACCCAGCGCUAGAACAGCAUAUACUUAUUAGUCUUAAU